AAACGUUCAUUAGCGGACAUUGUGUGUGACAUCUAGUUUAAGUUUUUGUGUAAAAUGCGGGUGUCUUUAAUUUGUCAUAUUUCAUUUUUAGGAAGUGUAAGCCUUUUUGUAACUGCGACACGCAAAGAUGUAUGCGACCAGUGUGUACACAAAGAUAAGUGCUCAUUAUUCGGUAACAUGACCCCACAUGAACAACAGGGUUGGGUCACUAAAUAUCCUUGUUCAAGCCCUCAUAAUCAUGGGAACAGCAGAGUUGGUGGUUUUACUGCGAAUGCUAAUGAAGGCUAUAUAUGCUGCCCAAAUGGUAUUUGGGAUCUAGAGAAACAAAACUCAGCCAAUAAUACUAAAGUGAAUCCGGCCAGUGGUAAUUUAGAUCCGUUAAUAUCAAAUCCUAAGCCGUCUCACCCCGAAGACCUUAGUGUUGACCAAGGAAAACCUAAACCACGAGUAAACGUUCUUAUCCCGAGAACACCGCAGCCGACACUUGAUCCUGGAACAAAAACCUCGUAUUUUCCGAGUUUAAAUAAUAGCCCGGGAAAUAUAAACACAUAUAGCCAGUGCUCCCCAUUAACAAGCUUUCCGCCUGAUCCUAAUACGGGGUGUUGUGGCCUGGAGGCUACUGAAACUGACAGGCUAACAGCCAUCCCGAAUACAAUUUGGGCUCAGAAACCGUACAUCCAAAAUACUUGGAAACCUUUAAAACCCAUGCUUGACCCAUCAAUACCAUUAUGGCAGAAUAGUCAGAGUCAUAUCAAUCGGAAGAAAAGAGAAUUAAUUAAGUCGUCGACUCGCAUCGCAGUUUUCGCGACUCGUGGACAUAGUUAUGAUUGCUUUAACGGUUUAAUCUCGCAUUAUGACGGUGGUACCGAAACAGAGUUAUAUCAAUAUCCGUGGACAGUUCUGUUGAAAACGACAUUCAAUUAUGGGACCCACAAAGCGGCGUUCAAUUGUGGAGGAUCUCUCAUCAGUUCUCGCUACGUACUCACCGCCGGACAUUGUGUGUUUGAUCCAAACGGCACAAUAGCCAAUGUUGAAGUUCAUCUAGCAGAAUACGAUAAGCAAUCGUUUCCGGUCGACUGCAAAAUGGUCUUAGGUGUCGGUCAGAAGUGCAUACAAAAUUUAAUAAUGUACGGAGAAGAUGUUAUUCGACACCCCCUAUAUGACGACAAUAGCCUCAGUAAUGACAUCGCAUUAAUCAGACUACGUGGGAACGUUCCAUAUACAGAUUAUAUUCGACCGAUUUGUCUGCCCCCGAUCAAUAUUGACGAUCCGGAGUUUUCGAAUUUGCGAUUAGCGGUAGCUGGAUGGGGUAGUAACGGUCGGUUUAUAUCUGACAUCAAACAAUCGACGGUCGUCAAUCUAGUGCCACAGGCGCGAUGCAAAUUUUUUUAUCCGGCUCUGAGCGACACACAGCUCUGUGCCGCCGGGUAUUCUGGAGAGGACACAUGCAAAGGCGACUCCGGAGGACCCUUAAUGACCGUCUACGGCGGGAAGUACUUUGUCGUGGGUGUAGUGAGUGGAAAACGGGCUGACUCCCCCUGUGGGACAUCCAUGCCUUCGCUUUAUAGUAACGUCUACCGGUACAUAGACUGGAUUCGGAGUAACAUUCGUAAUUAAUUCCCUUUUGAUGUUUUAAAGUGUUGCUAUGUUUAUUUUUUGUUUUUUUCCGUGCAAUGUAAAUAAAACUUCUUUGCGAGCGC